AUGUAUCAGGAGAUUGUGGUGAUAGUCCCCCUGGCAGACUUUGACCUUACCUGGAAUCUUGUUCAAGAAAUCUCCAGGAAGUUUGCUCUUCACAUCAUAGCAGGAAGGCUUCUGGUGAUUCAUGCCCCUAAGCAGUUCUACCCACCCUUGGAGGGGCUGAAAAGGAACUACAACAAUCCGGAAGACAGGGUCCAAUUCCCCUCCAAACAAAACACGGAUUAUGCCUUUCUCCUGAAUUUCUGCACCAACCUCUCUCAUUUUGACAUGUUGCUUGAGGACGAUGCGCGUUGCUCAAAGAACUUCCUGACAGCCUUGAAGAAAGUGGUCACCUCAAGAGAAGGUUCCUAUUGGGUGAUGCUGGAGUUCUUCAAGCUUGGCCACAUUGGAAAACUCUCCCACUCUAAGGACCUGCCACGCUUGGUCCACUUCCUCCUUAUGUUCUACCAGGAGAUGCCCUGUGACUGGCUUCUAAUUCAUUUCCAAAAACACGUCAUCCAUUUCAAACCAUCCCUGUUCCAACACAUGGGGUACUACUCCUCCUAUAGAGAACCAGAGAACAAGUUGAAGGACGAAGAUUUUGAGGAAAACUCCAUUGACAUGCCUGACAAUCCUCCAGCCAGCCUUUACACAAACAUCAAUGCAUUUGAGAAUGAUGAUGCCCACUAA